CUCUCUUCAAUAGUAUCUCACAUUUGGAGCACCAAAAGCAUGUAACUUGCCAGGAAGGAAACAGCCGUGGGCGGACGCUGUACCUCAUAACCUCAGCAACCACCGAAGCAGUUCACGGUCAAAUAUUGCCAGGCCGGAAACGUCAGCGAGUCGGUGCACAGCAAGAUCCCACACAAACUGUGGUAACGGCCAGAGAGGCUGGGUCUUGUCCCACAUCGGUCGGGCUGUGCUCCAAUGUCCUGAUGAUAUUCUCGCUAAACACAAGGGAAACGCAGGAUGACCAUGACUCAUGUUGGAGCAACUUUGGCUGCACUAACUGGAGUUGUAGCCUUCUUCCUUUACUCUUCCAUACACAAGAUUGAAGAGGGCCACCUUGGUAUUUACUACAGAGGUGGUGCUUUGUUGGCCAGUCCAAGUUACCCAGGAUACCACAUUAUGAUACCCUUUAUUACCAGCUUCAGAUCUGUUCAGACAACUUUACAAACAGAUGAAGUGAAAAAUGUGCCUUGUGGAACAAGUGGUGGUGUCAUGAUCUAUUUCGACAGAAUAGAAGUGGUAAACAGCCUUGCUCCAAGUGCAGUGUAUGAUAUUGCUAAGAACUACACAGCUGACUAUGAUAAGACGUUGAUUUUCAACAAAAUUCAUCACGAGUUGAACCAAUUUUGCAGUGUUCACACCUUACAGGAGGUCUACAUUGAGUUAUUUGAUCAAAUAGAUGAGAACUUGAAAUUGGCUUUACAAAAAGACUUGAUUGUUAUGGCACCUGGCCUUACAAUCCAGGCUGUUCGAGUUACAAAACCUAAAAUUCCAGAGGCAAUUAGAAGGAAUUUUGAACUUAUGGAAGCAGAGAAGACAAAGUUGCUUAUUUCUACACAGAGGCAAAAGGUCGUGGAAAAAGAGGCUGAAACGGAAAGAAAACGAGCUAUUAUUGAGGCAGAAAAAGUUGCACAAGUAGCCCAGAUUCAAUUUCAACAAAAGGUUAUGGAAAAGGAAACAUUGAAGAAGAUUUCACAAAUUGAAGAUGCUACUUAUGUAGCCAAACAGAAAGCUAAAGCAGAUGCAGAUUUCUACACUGCUCAGAAGAUUGCACAAGCCAACCAGUUAAAACUAACUAAAGAGUAUUUGGAACUGGCUAAAUACCAAGCAAUUUCAACAAACAGCAAGAUUUAUUUUGGGAGUGACAUCCCAGACAUGUUUAUGGAUAAGAGUGUCUUUCAGCCGAACACUGAAAGGAGAACUGGGGAAACUUCCUCCAGUGACGAUAAAACAUCUAAAGCAGCAUCAAGCACAAAACAAAAAGAUGCAAUAAAAGAUUCCACAGAGACUUAGUCUGAACAAAUCAAAAAUGAUACUGCUUUGUUUAAUUUUGAAGAAUACGAUUUAUAUAAAACGGUUGGACUAUGCUUGCAAGGAUUCUGGUAUGAUGACCAUCAGUUUGGGUGCAGCGUUCUAUUAAGGGAUACUGUUUUUAUAAAGCAAUGCUGGAAUGGCAACAUUUGAAAUUUUGACACAUAACUAGACUUUUAGUCAUUGGUAAUGAUCAGUAUUUCCAAACACACAUUCUAUGUCAAAAGCUGAUAUGUGUCUAAUACAAAAUGUUGCACCUAACUGAAAACCGAUUGUGACGUUGAGAAUUUACAAAUACCUGUAAUAAGGAUUACUUUGUAUAUUUCUGGGCAUGUCACAGCAUUCAUGAUUUAGAAUGUCUAAAUGCUGUGAUUAUGUAUUUUGCAAUUUAGAUUUUGAUUAUGAUCAACAGGAAAGUGAUUGACAGCUGUGAAGAAUAUUUUUAACUUGGGCAAACUAUAAUGCUCUCAAACUGAUCAAAGGAAUUAGAAAAUAUGUUUUAGAAUUAUCAAGGUACCAUUGUAUUUCAACACUUCACUUGAUCCUGUUUUCAUUUCUUUUCCAAUAAUCCCCCUAAUCACAAGUUGGUAAUUCUAUUGUCUAUAUCAAUUUUUUUUUCUCUCUCUCAAAGGGUACUGAACUUUAUACUGCCUUUCAAAAGUAUGUUGGCAGUUGUGGGCUCUGGCUGUUUUGGAAACCAACAAAAAAAUGCUGAUCUGUACGCUGGCAAAAUGCAACAAAAACCCUUUUUAAAAGCUUUUUUAAGGUAGCUUUGUGAAAAAAAAUUGUUUUGUUUGAACAUGCAUCAUUGCCAUUUCAGGUGGAUUUGGGAUCUGUUACUGAGUUUUAGCAACUGUUUUGGCAUUGUAUUUCCUGCAGCAUGAAAUCUUGAAAAUAUUUUUACUUGACUACAUCUUUUUCCAAUUUAUAUUUUUAACACUGACUUGAAAUCGUCCAUUGCAGUUGUAUUAACACCGGUGAAGAUAUCCCUUUUAACUAGUUGCAAGUUGCAGUUCUGUGAAGCCAGGGCUGCUUUGGUGGAAAGAUUCCAUUUUAAAAUUUGUUGCAGUUGUUCACAAUUGACCCUUAACACUAGGUGGUGAUGCAAAAUUUCUUAGAUAAAGGCCAUUAAUGGAAUCUAAUGGAGUUCUCACAUUAUGUAAUUGUUGGAAAAAUUAACUGAGUUGAAGGAAAUAUUAAUGUGUUGGAUGGAUUGCAGGUAAAUAUUAAAGGUAUCCUUUCCUUGAAAAGAGCCUACUCAGAUUUCUGGGCAAUUGGUAUAUGCAGAUACUAAUGUUUAUUUUUGAUAAUUUGCAAUACAGUAGAAACAUUUUACAUCAUGCUGUGUAGUUGAUAUCUUUGUAGUGUUCUAGCUUUUAUAUGCAACGUUCGUAUUGAGCUGAUGCUUGUCUUUAUCCCCAGAUUUCUUAAGGUUUUGAUGUUAAAAUUGAAUAUGGGUUCCAAUGGGUCUGACUUAUUUCUCAUGUAUGAAGCUCUGCCUGUCUCAAAUGAUGUACCAAAACAAAAUUCUAGAGAAGUUUGGAUUGAUUUAAAUUUAAUUUCAUUAUAUUGGGAAUUUGGGUUUCAAUGUUGCAUCUUUUGGCUCUAAAUAUACAAUACGAUUUAUGUUUUCAAUUGGUAUUUUUGAUGUGGACUGUAAUACUUAAUUUGUACUUCAGUAAUUCCAAAAGGCUGAUGUCUUAACUUGUACUUAACAAUUAAGAGUUUUCUUUUCAAAUUUGGGUAAUGAUAGAAAUCAGUUUGCAUGUACAUACUUUGUGAAACAAACAUGCAAAGUGCAAAUGUUAAAUGCUUUGAGCAGCAGUCGGAAGUUUAAUUUGUUUUGAGGAAAACAGGCAGUUUGAAAUAUGAAUUUGGAGCAAAUGAAUAACAUGAGUAACUACAUCUCAAAGAAAUUUUUGUAAACUGAAUUAUAAAACAAGAUUGACUGACUUUUUCCAAUAGCUCAAAAAAUAAACUUAUUUUGAUACCA